AAACCUUCGGAGUUGACAAGUGAUCCCUAAUGCUUAUGUUCACUUCUCCAAUAUCUGACUUGCCCUUCUACCUUUUUUGACUCGUAUUAUGACAUAGCCGGGGAAUGCCCCGCAAUCUAGAAUGAGUUUGUAAGCACGAUUAGGUGCAUUGGUUUAAUUCGAUAACUUCAUCCCUUUCGGCACUUCGCGUUUGAAAUUGGGACUAAGAGUCGGAUAUUUACGGAAGACUUACCAUCUAUUUCCUAUUUUCAUUCCUCUUUUUAUUGUCUUUUAUACUCACAUAAAGUCACGCAAGAUAGGGAUCCAUGUCAAUGUCUGCUAUUACCGAUACAUCAGCUUUCGAGAGAAAUAGGGGGUGGUACCAGACCGACUUAAUCGAAGUCAACGAACCUUUUCACCAACUACUCGAGCGGUAUUCCAAGAUACCUAGUUCUGACAUCAUCGACCACGUAAAAAAGAUACGUGAUAGAGCUUUUGAAUCCAGUCCCUAUCCAUGCAUUGGCCUCUUCCGGUUUACUAAUCUCACUUUGAUCACUCACCCUCUCUAUGACAAGAUCGUUGGUAUUCUCAAAUCGGAAUCGACAGAUGCCGCCUACUUGGAUAUAGGCUGCUGUUUCGGGCAGGAUUUACGCCGGUUGGUUUUCGAUGGAGUUCCUUCUGAACGCCUUGUAGGCCUUGACAUCGAAAGGCCCCUACUGGAACUCGGAUAUGAUCUUUUUCUCGAUCGAGAGACACUUAAAUCACACUUUGUGAUCGCCGAUAUCUUGGAGGCGCAAGGAAAGACAUGGGAAAGUCUUGAGGAGCGUGGAUUUGAUGUGAUACACUGCAGCGCUGUCUUCCACCUCUUCACUCUAGACAGGCAGGUAAUAGCAGCAAAGCACAUUGCAAGGCUAGUCAAAAAAGGAGGAAUAAUCAUAGGUAGGCAGAUGGGAAGUGUUAAGCCUGGUGAUGUCCCUGCGCUUACAAAGGGGACCUUCUCUUAUAGGCAUGACGUGGAUACGUUUGAUGCGAUGUGGAAAAAGGUAGGAGAAGCUACACAGACGCGAUGGAAUGUUGAGGGGGUUAUGGAUAUGGUUAAUAUCAAUCCUAAUAAUUACCUCGAAGGCGAGGAUAGUCGCCGUCUACUCUUUACUGUUACUAGAAUAGAGUAGUUUUAUAGGUUGGAUCAAGAAUUCGACGUGGCCAAAGCAUGGAAUGCUGCUCUGAUUAUCGACGAAACAGGUAUCAGAUAUUGAUGGGCUUUGAUAAGGCUGUUCUUAAGGUGGAAUACGGAAUAAUAUCUUCCGAAGACAUGCACGAAUAAUAAAAUACAUAGCACUGCCAAUGUAACCCACCAUGUCAAGUACGUACUGAACCUAAGCUAUAUCGUUCGUAUGGGAACUGUAAGGUGAUUUACAGCAUAAAUUGUUCCAAAUUCUUUCAUUGUGUUUUUCUUUUCAUUAAGAAAACAAGGUUUCAG